UGGACAGGAACAGCUGUUUGACAAAUGACAGCUCAUGCUCUGAAUUCGUUUUAAUUGUUGUUUUCUGUCGUUAGAUAAACUAUUUUAAAGGUGGAUUUAUUUCUGCAAGUGCCGAUAGCACAACAUAUGUACUGUUUAUGCUCUAUUAAUUUGAACAGGAUAUGAAAAAGGGAAGGAAACACCAGCAAGGUACAGGAGCCCGGGUGAAUGGGAAUGGAAAUGCACAGCAACAUGGAGAGCACGAGUCGUGGAAAAAGCUGAAGCUGGUGGUGAUCCACCAGGCCCUGAACUGUGACCCUGUGGACAUUGAGACCCUGCGGAGUGCGGCCGUCAGCGAGGGAGGCCUUCUAACAGACGAGAUCAGGAGGAAAGUCUGGCCCAAGCUGCUCAGCGUCAAUGUGUACAACUUGCCUGCUAAACCAACCAAGGAUAUCCGAGAGAACCACAAGGACUUCAACCAGGUGCUCCUUGAUGUCAGGAGGUCCAUGAAACGUUUCCCAAGAGGCAUGCGUGUGGACGAGAGGCAGGUACUACAGGAACAGCUGAUCGACAUCAUCCUGGUUGUCCUACAGAAGAACCCUGCGUUACACUACUACCAAGGUUACCAUGACAUCGUGGUCACCUUCCUACUGGUGGUUGGAGAGCGCAUGGCCAUUGCCAUGGUGGAGACCCUUUCCAAUCACCACCUCAGGGAUUUCAUGGAUCCUACCAUGGACAGCACCAAGCACAUACUGAACUACCUAAUGCCAAUACUGGAGCAAGUUGAUCCACAGCUACAUGAAUUUAUGCUGAGGGCCGAGGUGGGCACCAUCUUUGCUCUGAGCUGGCUCAUCACAUGGUACGGCCACGUCCUGUCUGAGUUCCGUCACGUUCUCAGGCUCUAUGACUUCUUCCUGGCUUCACACCCCCUGAUGGCCAUCUACUUCGCUGCCGUGAUCGUCCUGCACAGGGAGAAGGAGGUGAAGCAAACCGAGUGUGACAUGGCCAUGGUGCACCAACUCCUGUCUAAAAUACCCCAGGACCUGCCCUACGAGGAGCUCAUCACCCAGGCCCACUGCCUCUUUACCCGCUACCCGCCCUCCCUGCUGGCCAAGCGUGCUGCUCUGCAGUCCCGCAAGAGCAUCACCAUCAACUGUUUCAAGGCUUUCCAGACGGCCACUCAGCAGCAGCGGCCUGACUCGGUCCUACGUCGGCAGCUCCUCCAGGGCCGGGCCCGAGGCCUCGGAGGCCCAGACUCCCAGCUGGUCCUGUCCGGGGACAUGCAGCCCAACCAGGCUGCCAACCAGGCUGCCAACCAGCUCGUCAAGAUGGCCGUGUGGGGCAUCUCAGCCACCUUGGGGGCGGCCGCUCUGGCUGUGGCCCAGACCGCCCUGGACUGGGCUCCUGACUUCUUCAUGCAGCUCUUCUGAUGGAUGUACUGCAGCCUGCUGUUAGGGAGCAGAGGGGAGGGAGGUAGGCGUGAGGGAGAGGGGAAACUCCUCCGCUUAAGGAGUAGGGGGAAUGUUAUGCUAGGGAAGGAGGGAGGGAGGAGCUAGUGCCGAACAGGUUGUGUCACUCACACAUAUGUAGACCAUCA